AGUGAGGCAGAAAGCACCGGAUUGGUUGGUCCAGCUGACGUGGAGGUUGUGGAGGAGGAGGAAAAUGAAGAGGAUGAUCAGGAGCCUCCCCGGGACUUCCAGGGUCCUGCGGUGGUGGACUACGAUGAGACGGGGCGGGGGAUGAACAUGAGGAGGCCUUCAGCUGCCAUGUGGGGCCUCUUGGAGCCGCAGCUGGCCCAGGUGCUGCUGGACAGGAUGGAUCCACAGCUGGUUCAGAGUCUUCUGCAGAGAGUCGGACAGACGGGCCGGGCCCCCUCAGAACCAAUCCGAGACCAAGAUGCCCUCAGGCAGAUGGUCACUAAAGUUCUGUCCAACAUUGGGCCCAACCUAUCUCCAUCCAUCAGAACCAGGAGGGACCUGUCCGUCAAAGAAACUGACCCUGUAAGCUCCGCCCACAGGAGAAUUCGACGCUCCCUGGAUGACAUGGCUCCUCCUUCGUCACCUAGUGACCAGACCCCACUCCUCCGGGUGAAGAGGCUCGAGAAUGAAGACGAGGAAGAGGAGAAUCUCCGCCCACAAGCCAUUGGGCUGCAGAUGAUGAAGCGCAUUAAUACCAUGGCAACUGCUGACACGGAAGAAAUGAAUCAUGGGAGUCACGGGCGCCACCGAAGAGCGGCCCUGACCUACGACCCCCAGGUCCUAAUGGACCAGAUCCUGGAGUACCUGAGGGAGUGAGAGGAGGAGGAAGAGACACAGGAAGACGAAGAGGACAAUUGAUGUUUAUCUCUUUGAAUCACUUCUUUAGUUUUGCUGCUUCUGUAAAAACUGUUUGUUUGUUUGUUUGUUGUGGACAUCAGAGGAACUUGUUCCUCUGUUGUGUGUCGUGUUUAAAACUUCAUUACCCAUGAGCCCCAGCAGGCAUUUCUGCACACGCCCAACAAAUCUGUGAAAAAAAUCCCCAAAAACUAAAAAACAUGUUUCAAUGUGGACCCCUCUGAUUGGCUGAGUCCCCACAGCAAUGGUUUCUGGGAGAUGGAGUCAAACCUCUGCAUGAUUAGAGGCUUUGUUUGUUAGACAACAUGAUGGACAGCGUCAUUAACCGUGGCAACAGCUUCUCUGCUCUGUAAUUGGUCGCUUGUCUUGGUGUUUCUGUACUUGAGCUCGUUGCUGUGACAACUCGGCCCAUCCGUGUCACAAUAAGAAAUAAAGGCUGUGAAGUCCAA